CGCGUUUCUUCCGUUUGCUUCUAUUGCUUCUUCACUGAAGUCGCGAUCUUUAAGACUUUGUUUUUUAAAAGAACAACUCACUUUGAAGGAGAAUUCGCUAGAUGUGGGCCAAAACAGCGAUAUCCAAGUGUACCGUUUUCGUCGUUUGGUCGUUUUCAUCGUUGGGUUAUUUUCGUCGUUGAUUACCGACGUUGUCAACGUCGUCGUAAGAUUUCGUUUUUCGUUGCAGUUUCGUUGCGUUACGGGUUACGGCCCAUCGUAUAUUAAGGGCGACGAUUUUGUCCAAGCUUUCAGUUUAGUUUACAUAGUGGGUUCCAACCUCUCAACUUCACUUAUCUCGAAAAGAGUCGCAAAGAAAUACAUUUAGCAUCUACUUUCAAUAUGCCGAUUAAGAGCGGAGAUAAACUUCCAAGUGUGGAUUUGUAUGAAAAUACACCGACCGCUAAAGUCAAUAUUGCAGAGUUGACUGCUGGUAAGAAGGUGAUCAUCAUUGGUGUUCCUGGUGCCUUUACCCCUUGCUGUUCCAAGACUCAUCUGCCAAGCUAUAUUUCUGACUAUGAGAAGUUCAAAUCAAAGGGAAUUGAUGAAAUUGUAUGCGUUGCUGUCAAUGACCCAUACGUGAUGGCUGCCUGGGGAAAAGAUCAAAAUGCUGAUGGAAAAGUCCGCAUGCUAGCCGACACCAACGGCGCCUUUGCUAAGGCCGUGGAUCUUGAAAAAGAUAUGUCCGGACCUUUAGGAAACGUUCGAUGCCAACGCUUCUCAAUGUUCGUCGACAACGGAGUAGUCAAAGCCCUCAACGUUGAGCCUGAUGGUACUGGGGCUAGUUGCUCAUUGUCCAAUAAUAUCUUGUCUCAAUUCUAAACAAAAUCGUUCCUAUAAAAACAAAUUUAGAACGAGUCGAAUACAUGAUUUAAUAGCUUAA